AUGGGGGAGCUGAGGACCACGUCUCCCGGGCUUCGUUUGGACCUGAGCAACUUUGACUCUGCAGAAGCGGAGCGGAGUCGCUACGUCUUAACGAGUCCACGCUCAUUAGAGUCCUGCACGAGACUCGGUGUCAAACCUGUUGAACUUCUGAUCAAAUCGCUAAACGAGUUGGUAGCUGACCAGCAUCACGUGCCCUAUGAAGCCAUGAGAGUCGUGCACGAAUCCUACGAGAAGGAGAGAAUGAAGCGUUUACAAAUGUGUCGCGAGGAGAGGGAGAGGAUUAUCCGGGCGGCUGCUGGGGACAGGUGGCCGGGCAGUGACAAAGUGCCCGGCCCGGAAGUGGUGCCUGACUCCAAACUGAAGGAUCACUCAAGGGACAGAGACACACUGAGCUGUAUCGCGUAUGCAGAUCUGUGUGUUACAGGGAAAUCUUCCAGCAGGUCCUCUUACAGAGAGCCAGACAGGAGCACAGUGUGCAGCGUCAGUCUGGGAGACCUCAGAUACACUCCAGCCACUGAGAUGAAGCUAGAGAGGCUCACCAGGGACAUCAACAAGGAGAUGUGUGUCACACUGUCAGAGAAGGAUCGCAAAAUAGCAGCUCUCAUGUUGGUGAAGCACCAGGAGGAGCAGGCCUGCCUGAAGGUCUGUCAGCAGGAGGAGCAGGAGCGACAGGAGGCCCGCAGGCAGCAGGAGGCCCAACGCGCUGAGGCAGAGAAACAGAGGAGGAAGAAACUGAGACGGAGCAUGCAGCGCUGGCACGAUGAUCUGGAGGGCCGCAGGAGACUAAGGGAGCGUAAGGAGAAGGAGAAAGCGGUACAACUGGAGCUGGAGGUGGUGCUGCACGAGGACCGCUGGAGGAGGCAGAAAGAGGAGGUGGAGGGACAACACAGGGAGAAAAUAGAGGCUGCCCACAGAGAGGCAGAGGGGCGAAAACACUACCAGGAGAAGCUGCUGAGGGAAAGGGAGGAGGUGGAAAAAAGGGAGAGAGAGAGGGAGAGACAUGUGGCAGAAGAGAAGAAGCAGAGGGCCAGGAGGAGCAAAGUGUCCCAGGAGAGGGAGGAGAGGAGGAGGCUGCAGGAGGGGAACCGCAGGGAGCUGCUUCGACACAUCCUGCUGAAACAGAAGACGGAGCAGCAGGGGGUGGAAGAGGUGGAGCAGAUGAGGAGCACGUUUGAGAUGAAGAUGAGAUUAUCUUGCGAGAAACAUGCCCAUGCUGUGGAUGCUCGGGUGAGGGACGUGCAGGAGAGGGCAGUCCGGGAGGAGCUGCAGAUUCAGAGAGUGCAGCUGAGGGCCAAGCUGCAGAGCUAUCAGGAGCUCACACACAAACAGAUCCUGGUUCAGCUGAGUCAGCGUCGCUUGGAGAGAGCCGGCCUGCACGCAGAGGCCCAGCAGAGGAGCAGGGCUGAGGAGGCGCAGCAGCACAACCAACACAGGCAGACCUCCCACCUUAGGCUGAGGGAGAGGAGGCAGAGGGAGGAGGAGGAGGAGAGGAAGGUCACAGAGAGCUGCAUCUUCAUGAAGGAUGUGAGGAGGGAGAGGCUGAGGAGGCAGAGGGAGCAGAUUCAGGAGGAGGCGCACAGGCUGGCCCGCGCCUCCUUUCACAUGAGGGAGAGGGUGAGGCAGCACACACACAGCCGGACGUUUGAUCAGAUGGCCCGGGAGGCGCAGCUGACCGCCUCCAUGAGCUGCAUGAAGAUAUGA